AUGUGGAGUCAGCUGACCAGCCGUCUGCAGGAGUCUGACAGUAAACAGGAAGUGGAGGAGUCCAGGAGGAGGAGCCUGUCAGUGGUUUCCUCCUCCUCUUCCUCCUCCUCCUCUUCCUCCAGGAGGAGGCAGAGUGGGGACCCGGUGCUCGAGGCCACCAUGAGGCAGCUGCAGCAGCUCGGAGUGAACGUGGAGCAGGAAGGUCUGAGCGAGGCCAGCAGAGUCCUUCAGAACAGUAUCGAGAGCAGCAGCACCCUGGCGAGCAUCAACCCGGCGGCGGUUCUGUCCCGCCUCAGAGUCCCCUCGCCCUCGGCCAGCGCUCUGUUCCCCGGCCUCAGCGCUGAUCUGAGUCUGGAGGCGAACGCCAUCGCCCUGCGUUACCUGAGCGACUCUCAGCUCAGCAGGCUGUCUCUGGGGGGCCACGCCCCCUCACACCGAAGCCCCGCCCCCUCCACCGACGUCUCCCUGAUGUCGCCUAGCAACAUGUCCCUCGCAACCAGGAAGUACAUGAAGCGAUACGGGUUAAUCGAGGAGGAAGAUGGCGAGGAAGAGGAGGAAGAUCGUCCUCCGCUGACCGAAGCUCUGAACGUGAGGCUCCUCCCACAAAGUCAGCUGAUCCGAGAGCUGAGGCCCAAAAUGCAGCUGUUAGUUGGAGAAGCUAAACCCAACGACGACGACAAGGAGAACUGCCCCAGCAGGCGGCAAUCUUUGAUGAGGGCGAGCAGCCGUCAGACAGAAGGGUCGGUCGGGAACAUCCUGGACCUGAGCCGCCUCCGACAGCUGCCCAAACUCUUCUGAUUCUGAAAAACUGGUGUUUAUUAAAUGGAGUGUGGACUCAAAUUUCCUGGAGACCGCUGCUCAAACUCCAGACUAAAACCCCCUGAGACAAACACAAAGACACCAGACUAAAACCCCCCGAGACAAACACCAAGACACCAGACUAAAACCCCCCGAGACGAACACCAAGACACCAGACUAAAACCCCCCGAGACAAACACCAAGACACCAGACUAAAACCCCCCGAGACAAACACCAAGACACCAGACUAAAACCCCCCGAGACGAACACCAAGACAC